AUGAAACAAGGACGCAGUCAAAGGACACGCAAGGAAAGCACCAUUCUCGCACAGCACGAGUCUCAGCUAGACUUGUCUAUCCAGUCUUCGACUUCUUCGAUCAACAUUGAGCCCAGCCAGGAAAAAACAGCUUUGAACAGGCAACAUUCACUCCCAGAGGGCGGCAAAUUUGACAGCGGGCAAGGCCAGGUGCAGGAGCUGCUUCCAAAAUUUUCAACAGACGUUUCACCACGUUUUGACCCGAAUUUUCUGGAGAGACUGAGCCAACAAUUAAGCGUUCAAGAUGGGGAUAUUCUCUCUGGCCUUAUCAUUUCCCAGUUGCCUUCUUUCACUUCUGAAAAUCUUCCAUCGCCGUCACCAAGUUCAGGGGACGAAGUCGAACUAUCACCCCAGGAUGUAUCUGGCUUUGAUAUUAACAUUACGGAUAACUUCCCAUAUUUACACACCUCCAAUCUACUUUUACCACCAACCCCACCGACCCAGUCAUGUCAGUGCCUGGCUGCAGUUGUCUUUGCUGUUGAGGAAUUCAAGACCAGUUGUAAUACCAGGAAUCGAGCCGAACUGGACACAACCAUUGCAUACCAGAAAAAAGCCAUCAAUUGUUGUCGUUGGAUGAUCAACUGCAUCACCUGUAAAAACAAGAGGGAGAACUUUGUCCUGCUGGUUUUUAUCAUGGAGAUAAUCGUUGCGGCCAGCGGGCAAAUUGUUGUACUCUAUAGUAUGAAAGAUGGCACAUCUGACACUCAGCCGACCAUAGGACUAUCAUCGUUGCAGGACUACGAUCACAUCCCUGAGGUUUGGGAUUUUGGCGCCGCUUCUUCUUCUCCAUCCGUUUCGACCAAGUCAGCGUCUAUGAACAUGCUGUCGGAUUGGCGGGAACUCCUUCUGGGUGACUACGAAGUAAGCUCUCGACAAGAAUGGGAGCACUUAGUGCGCGUUUUGAUUUUGCUUCAACUAAGGGCGAUGAUAGAGAUGUUCGCGGCCAUGAAGAAUAUGAGUGACGAUGUCCUGGGGGAGAUGCAGAAGGCGAUCCUAGGGCGAGCUGAAACAAGUGUUUGUGAAUUUGAAAAAAGUGUCUGCAUUCAGUAG